AUGAAAUUCGCUGCCAACCCGCCAUACACUCAUGGAACGCUGUCAAAGUACUACAAGAUACCCGCAGACUGCUGCUACAAGGUCCCGACCAACAUGGAGAAACCAUUUGGCCUCGAUGAAGCUGUGUUAAUUGAGCCACUUGCUGUUGCGGUGCACUCGGUACGACAAGUUGGAGUCCAGCCCGGUGAUAAAGUCGUCGUCUUUGGUGCUGGAACGAUAGGAUUGCUUUUUGUGGCCGUUGCUCGAGAGUACGGUGCAAUCUUGAUUACCUGA